ACUCAUUCUCCACUCUCACACCUCCAUUCUCAGCCAUUCUCAUGUGGGUCAUUCAUUUUCACCACAAAAUACCCUCUGAAGUUUUGUUUUUUAAUCCCAGCUUCUUCAAGUUUUGAUGAGGUUCAAUUGGGUUCGGUUUUGCUCUGUUUCAUAGCAUUUUUUUUCCCUUUUGUUGUUGUUAAGGAAGAAGGGUCAAUGGCUGAGAACUCAAACCAUCUACUAUGUUCCGAAAACAACAUCACUUGUUUUGAUGAUGAUGAUGAUGAUGGUGAUGUUUUGGAGUGUAAUGUUGCUGCUGCUGAUGGGUCUGGAAUCUUACCAUGUUGGGACCACACCAACAACCUUAACUCCGACCAACCAUGUCCGAGUUCAGAAAACCGUGGAUCGGGUCCAUUGUAUUGUUUUGAUGUUCUGAGUGAAGAAACAAUGAAAGACAUGGUGGAAAGGGAAAAAGAGCAUUUACCAAAGGAGGAUUAUCUUAAGAGGCUACGUAGUGGGGACUUGGACCUCAGUGGUAGGAGAGAGACCAUUGAUUGGAUUUGGAAGGCUCAUUCCUAUCAUGGUUUUGGACCCUUGACCUUUUGUCUAUCUGUGAACUACUUGGAUCGCUUCUUAUCCUUGUAUGAAUUGCCGAGAGGUAAAAGUUGGACUAUGCAAUUGUUAGCUGUAGCUUGCUUGUCGAUUGGGGCGAAAAUGGAGGAGGUUAAAGUGCCGCAAUCCGUCGACUUACAGGUUGGAGAACCAAAGUUUGUAUUUGAAGCUAAAACCAUUCAAAGAAUGGAACUAUUGGUGUUAAGCACAUUGAGAUGGAAAAUGCAAGCUUUAACUCCUUGUUCCUUCAUAGAUUAUUUCCUAAAGAAGAUCACUUUCAAGCAACAUUUGGCGAAUUGGACCAUUUCGAGAUCAAUACAGCUCACCCUUAGCAUAAUUAGAGGGAUUGACUUCUUGGAGUUCAGGCCUUCUGAAAUCGCAGCGGCUGUGGCGAUUUCUGUUUCAAAGGAGUUGCAACAAGCAAAAGAUAUCGAUAAGGCCUUAGCUAGCUUCUUCAUUGCAGAGAAGGAGAAAGUUCUAAAGUGUGUUGAAUUGAUAAGAGACUUGGCAUUGAUGAAUGUUUCUAAUUUUGGUGCAAAACAUCAUGUGCCAUUUGUGCCUCAAAGCCCAAUUGGGGUGCUUGAUGGUGGUGGAUGCUUGAGCUAUAAGAGUGAUGAAUUAACAACACUUGGUUCCUCAUGCCCAAAUAGUCCAAAAACUAAAAGGUUCAAAUCAGAAGGAGGACCUUGUUGUAAUGGGACAUCAGAUUCAUGAAAAAAUGUGGAUUAUGCUCUCAUUUGGUUUGGUUGAAUGGGAGUUUAGUGUGUGUGGAGGCAACUCUUCAUUGGUAACACCUAAUCAAAGAGUGUGUUAUGUUCAUGCUAUAAGCAUGUUACAAACAAAGAAGAAGAAGAAGAAAAAGGAUCAUAGGGUGUUACCAUUUGUUUAUAUAGUAAGAUUAUUACACAACAGCAACGGAUGCAAAAAAUAUAGCAAGGAAAUGAGGUUGGUGGAGAAAAUUUUGAUGAAACCAGGGUUGGCCUGUGAAUUGUGAUCAUUGGAGAGAAA